GGACAAAUAACCUCGCAGCUCGGUGAAAGGCUGACGGAUGAAAAAAAUUUCUCCGUCGACGUCAGAGUUGAGUGUUCUGAAGCAAAAUUGAAGACACUGAAAAUGGGGGAAAAUCGGAUUUUCUUCGUGGACGUGAGUCACACCUCGGAACCCCUCGACUUGUCGUUUUAUUCCGCAUGUGCCAUGGAAUCGACAGCUCGGAAAAAUCCGGGAAGAAUUGUCCAAUUUUUCGUCAGAACACAACGAAAUCUAAAGCUUAACAAAUUUUCGAAGGUUCUAGAAACUUUCGACAACCUGCAAAUCGGAAUGCUACCUGUGAAUGAUUUGAUCGUUCCAGCCUGGGAUCGUAUCGGAGGACAAGUACGGGACAUUCACCAAGGAGGAAAUUACUGGUGGGGAGUGAAUCUCAGUGACAUAGUGCGACUGCUCAUUCUCUGGAAGUACGGUGGAUUUUACUUAGAUGCCGAUAUAAUUUCCCUGAAGCCUUUAGAUGGUUUGGAGAAUUCCGUGGGAUGUCAGUAUGCGGAAGACAACCGUUGCAAAAGGACUUUCGUCACGGUGGAUAGAGCUCGCUGGCAGUGGGAGAUAACCGUUCUUUGUGACAUAGACGUGAAAUCCGUACUUCUUCGCGAAUGCCCGGAUCACCUCGAAGGCUUGUUCGAGAUCGGUUAUAUUGUUUGUCCUGAGACGGAGAAAGAAGAUGGCCGUCAAUCGAACCCGCUGCAAGCUGCUGUGGAUCCGUCGAAGUGGGAAAAUACGCAGUUUUGCAAAGAAUCGCAGAAGAAGCCGUUGGAAUACGUUUUUUCAAUAAUGUUCGCGGCGAAAACUUCGGGUACAUUUAAAGCUGAAGUAGAAGUCAUGUGUCGCGACGGCUCCGUGAAGACUAUCUGGCUGGAAGCAGACAUCACUGGGCGAAGACCAGAUUUGGAUGUGCAAGUCGUAAAAUCUCUCCUCUCGAAACAUGCACUUCCUCAGAGUAUUUACGAGCGAAGAAGAAUUGAUCGUGCAUCAGAUAGUGACCGUCGCCUUUUGGAUGAUUAUUCUCUGCAGAAUACUUCCGUGCCCACCAUAUUGGAUAUUCUUCAGAUAGAUCGUGGCACCUUGUCUGACAGUGAUUUGCUGAAGGCAUGCCUGCAUUGUUUCCUUUACGUUGAGGAGGUAACGCUGAUUCGGAUGAUCAUGAGGUUUUCGGGCAAUACGACGUUGGCGAUUACAGAAUCUUUCUUAAGCGAGAAAGGUGGAGGUCUGCAUAUUCGCCAAGGCGGAAACAUUUACGGUAUUAUCGACGUUGCUGGGAUAAAAGACGAAUCCACUGAAGCUCAAGUGUUCCAUUCUCUUGCCAGCAUUGCUCAUUUUCAGAUUUUUACUGGCACCAGAAUUACUGCCAUCUUCGAAGGAGAGCUUGUUGAAAAACAGGAGCGUUUAGCGAUUGUUUCGUUCGAUUCUGAAACCACUUCAAAACACGGACUACGAGGUGGAAUUUGCUUAGAGGCAUUUGUGUCUUUUCUACCAAAUCGGUUACCAUUUUGUGAGAAGCACGGAGCAGUGGAUGCGCUCAAAAAUGUCCCCCUGGAUCAAAAAUCAGUGGAAGAGCGAAUUCGAUUAUUUGAUUCACAAAAGGACUCAUCGGGUUUUAAAUCUUUGCGAAGUGGAGUUAUUGUGGAUGAUUACCAAGCGAAAGCGUUGCGAGCGAUUUUGUCUCCACCUGCGGUCGACAUACCUGCUAUACUAAUUACUGGGCCGUAUGGAACGGGAAAAACCUACACUUUGGGGACAGCUGCAAUAGAAAUAUUGACGAGGCAGCCAGAAUCAAGAAUUUUGAUCUGCACGCAGUCGAACAGUGCCGCAGACCUUUAUGUUAUUCGAUUCUUUUCGAAGCUGCAGGCCGAAGAGAGGAGAUGGUUUUCACCUUUUCGAUAUUGUAAUCUGAAGCCAAAUUCGAGCACCCUCGUCCGACCACAGUUGGAAGAUAUACUGUCUAGAAGAGUCGUCAUCACGACGUGUUCGACCGCAAGGUUGCUGAUUGAUGCUGGUGUACGCCGAGACUUCUUCACGCAUAUUUUUCUGGACGAAGCUGGUCAAGCUCUUGUAUCUGAAGCAUUGAUUCCACUGACACUUUGUUCGUCGAACACCCGUGUCAUUCUUGCUGGUGACCCUAAGCAGGUUUUUGGUCGAGCUUUCUAUCCGGGUGAGAUCAUGGAAUUACCGCAAGAGCUUCGACGCCGAGGCACGAAAAUUCACUUCUAUCACUUGGGCGAUGCCCACGAGGUCGAUGAAGACGGUUACUCAUACAACCGUGCCCAGACUUUCUAUGCCGAAGCUAUUGUUCGCGAAUUGAAGGAAAGUGAUGGUGCAGACAGUGUCGCUGUGAUUACUCCUACACGUACGCAGAUUUCUUUCACUAGAAACCAUUUUCGUAACGUUGGAUUGGGAGACGUAACUGUUGACAGCGUUGCUGGUUUUCAGGGAAUUGAGUUCAAGCACAUCGUGCUCUUGAUGGUGAUGUCGUUCAGAGGAAGCGGAUUGGAAUGGAUUGCAGACACUGAAAGAGUCCCAGAAUCAGAUGUACACAUGACUGUGACUGCAUGUACACGAGCAGUGCAAUCGGUGUCAAUUAUUGGAAAUGCAUUUUACCUCUGCUUAACUCGACACACAGGACGGUUGUGGAGAACAAUAUUAGAGUAUUGUUUCGAAUGCGACACAGUGGUCGGAGUGCUUCGGAAUACCUUCAAGAAUGAAAUAAUGUCUUACGAGCACAGCAAAAAGUACAAUUGGAACGUAAAAGCUGCCGAAUUUUGCCCACAACAACGCUAUUCACUUCUGCGACCACGUCCGCCAGUCGCUCAGAAUUUUUUAGUUAAUCCGAAUGCAUAUGGAUACGGUGCACUGCAAGUACCGCGUUACGUUCUGCCGCCCAUUUAUCCUCCGAGCAGUGCUAUUCAUUCCGCGGGUAUCCGUGGAUUCCCUCCGACGGGAUAUCCGUUUGGUGACUAUGCUUCAGCUGAAGCAAUGAUGCGUGCGCAGUUAUCCGCUCUUGCUCUAAAUCCGUCGUGGAAUCAGUUUUCGCCUUAG